AUGACGAGUGCUGCGGCUGGCAACCAUUCCCCGCACAGCGGUGACGCUAGUCUAGAGCUAGACGGAAAAGACGUCCACAUCCAAGAAAACGCCGAUCGAACCGAGCUCGUGCUGACACUACGGGGAGAAGGGCACACGCUGGGAAACGCGCUGCGCUACAUGCUCACUCGGGAGCCAGGUGUGCAGCAGGUAGGCUAUACGAUACCGCACCCGUCCGAGGACUGUUUGAAACUGUACGUUGUGAGUAAACCAGGUUCGCGGGCACUCGAUUCUGUGAAGCUUGCCCUGUUUCACCUCACGCAGCUAUGUGAUAUAGUUGGCGAAAAAUAUGAAGAAGCGUUCAUGAAAACUUGA